UUCAAAAAAAAAAAAUCCUCCGAUCGUUGAAACGAAAGAGCAAUUUUAAUUGAGAAAAAUCAUUCAGCUGAGAAAUUUUAUUCACUUGAGGAGAAAAACUGUCAGUGAAGAUGAAGAAGAAGACUAAAUAGAUGAUGAAGAGUUUUUAUUAUUUAAAGAAAAAAUUUUUUUGGGAAGAAAUUUGAUGGAAAAUUUAGGGAAUGAGAAUUACUGAGGAUCAGAGGAUUGGAAAUAUGUUAAGUUGAUUGGGAUUGCUGAUGUUUUCGCGGGAAAUCGGUGAUUGAAGUACUGUGGGGACUAGAGUGAAAUAAUUACUGAAAUGGGAGAGACGGCCGGUGCUAUUUUGCCGGUGGGGUCCUGGGUGACGUUGGCACUGUCACUGGGAGUGAUCUCGAUGAUUGUUGGACUGUUUGCGAGGAGAGCCAUGUUUUUGCAUUCGUUGAGAAAUGUGCCAUUUCCGUCGGCGCUGCCGAUUAUUGGGAAUGCGUAUCAACUUAAUUGCAGUCUUGAAGACUUCUUCAAGAAAUUGGUGGAGUGGAGCAAGGAGUUCGGGGACAUCUACCUGCUGUGGCUGGGGCCCAGACCCAUGGUGUUUGUCUACCGGGUUGAAGGGGUCCAGGCCCUCCUCAGCAGCAGCGUGCACAUUGAUAAGAGCCUCGAGUACCUGUAUCUGAGACGAUGGUUGGGUAAUGGACUCGUUAUCAACGGAGGUGAAUCCUGGCACUUCAGGAGAAAACUAGUCACUCCCACGUUUCACAGUGGACUCCUACUGGAUUACCUGAAGAGAACGAUUAGAGAGGCUAAUAUCAUGGUCGCCUGUCUUGUCAAUGAACUAGAUAACGACGGAUUUGACAUCGUGCCUUACGCGAAACGUGCGGCGUUGGAUUUAAUUUGUGAAACAACCAUGGGGUACCACAUGAACGCCCAAACCAUGCUGAACAACGAUUACGUUCGCGCAGUAGAAAAAAUGACUUCAAUAAUGCAGACACGUUUCACGAACAUCUGGAUCUCCAUUGACGCGAUAUUCAACCUGACGUCCCUAGGAAAGGAGCACGAACGAGCCCUCAACGUGAUCCACAGUUUUGUGGAUAAAAUAAUAGCGGAGAGAAAGGAGCAGUGGAAAAUAGCACGCGAUGGGAAUUUCAACGAGGCCACCAAGAAGCGUCCGGCCUUCCUGGAUCUUUUGCUGGAGGUCUCCCAGGAUGGAGCUGUUCUCAAUGACAGAGACAUCAGAGACGAAGUCAAUACUUUCAUGUUCGCUGGGCAUGACACUGUCGCCACCAGUCUCUCCUGGUUUUUUUAUGCUCUGGGACUUCAUCCUGAGUAUCAGACUAAAAUUCUGGAAGAAUACGACCAAGUGAUCGGCACCGAGGAAAUAACCCUGGAGGGGCUGAAUAAAUUGCCGUGGCUCGAUGCCUGUGUCAAGGAGGUCUGGAGGUUGUACCCAGUGGUGCCUCUACUUGCUAGACAAAUUUACCAACCGAUAAAAAUAAUGAAUCACGACAUCCCCGUCGGCUCAACAGUCCUGAUAAACACGUUUCUUCUUCACCGGGAUCCUCGCCACUUCCCGGAGCCCGAGGUCUUCAGACCAGAGAGAUUUCUCCCGGAAAAUCCGAAACCCCCAACAUUCGCCUACAUUCCCUUCAGCGCUGGCUCGCGCAACUGCAUUGGGUGGAAAUUCGCGACUAUGGAGGUCAAGGUCGCGAUCCUAACUGUCCUCAAAGCCUAUCACAUUCAGUCCCUGGAGACCCCUGAUCAGCUCAGGAUGAGUUGCUCCAUUGUCCUGAUCAACGCCAAUGGACUUCGAGUCAAGAUCUCACGCAGAAAAUAAUUCAUGGAUUAUUAAGGGGCGUCGAGGGCGCCCUUUUCACAACCACCGAUGAGGAUUUUCCUCGAGAAUUAGGAUUAAAUUUAAAAUUAAAGCCGAAGGAAAGAGGUGGAGGUGAUGAGACGAAAAAAUUAAAAAUUCGUGGAGAUUAUUUGGGGAAUAUCUUGAAAAUUAGCGGGUUUGGAGCAAAAUGUGACAAGAACUUUUUUGAAGCUUAGGAAAUUCUCUACAGAAAAUGUUUUAUGACAUUUUUGUCUAAAUGUCUUCGUUUUCGAGAUACCAUCACGAUGAACUAAAAGGUAAUUCUGUCUGAAAUGAAUGUGGGGACAUUAGUUCAGAGUAUUUUGGAAAUAUCUCGAAAACUAGUGAAUUUAUAAAAAAAUGCCAUAGAAACUUUUUGUAGCUUACAAAAUUUGCUACAAAAAAUGUAGUAUGAUAUUUUUGUCUAAAUGUCUCCGUUUUGGAGAUAUUCCCAAGAGAAACUAAAUAUUCACUUCGCAGAGGAUAAAUGAAGAAAAGAUUACUCCCACGAUUUUCGUAAAAUUGAUCCUUCAACCGAUCGUUUACUCUCAUCACUUCCCCAAUAAUCCCCACGAGUAAUUACUAACAAAGAUUAAUGAAUAAGGGACACUAGAAUAAGCCUCGACAUUUUGAAUUUAUAAACCUAGUUCUGUAACUUUAAUCAUAAUUCCAUUGCCCAGGCUAAAUUCAUAAUUUUUGCAUCAAUGAGUCAAUUGUAGAAUCAAAAAUCAUGACGCAGAGGUCCAUGACACUUCAGACUAAUCCACCCAUCAUAGAUCAUCCAGAAACACGACUGAAUUAAUCAUUCUUGAAUGACGAUUUCCAGAAUUAGAAUUAGGAGAAAAUAAAAACUAUUAAAAUUGUGAUAUGCUGAAUAAAAUACGUACAAUCGUUGUUUAAUUCA